CUGUACCUUUGGGGGCAUAUUAGUCCACUCAAUAUUUUAUUCUCUGUAGAUACAAAGAAGAAAAAGGACUUGGUAAAACUCUGGGCCGACUUAGGGUUUGACACCACCACUCGCUGGAGAAGGAGGAAAUUGGAGGAAGCAAAAUUCAUCCGUCGACUUCUCUUUAUCUUUAUGGUCUAUCAAAUUCAACCAAUGGCAUGCGCGUGGUCUCUCUGAGGCGGAUUCAAGACCGAGUUGCACAUAACUGUUAUCUUUGAACCUUUGGCUUUAAACCAGUGGAUAGGGAUUGAUCCUGUAGGUAGAAAUGGAAACAAAAUACGGAAAGGUAUUGGAUAGGAGCCAAAACAUUGUUGUUGACUUGAAGAGAAAACGGGCAGCGCGAUGCGAGACCCAUCUCUCUGGGCCUACGCACAUGAUAUUUCCUGUCCGAACCUCGCUGAACUCAUCCAUCCGUCCUCUUGGAAAACGGAGGAAGCUGAAUGGAUCAAACAGCACGUGUGGUGGUUGUGCGUUUCACCUAAGAAAAUCUCUGCUUAGAUAUUAUCUCAAUUUCAGGAAAAGUGGGCUUCCGCAACGUUUGAUGUACUAUCAGAAGGAUCAGUGGACUGAUUUCCCUGAGAACAUCGUUACAAUGGCUAAGAAAGAUCUCCGAAUAAAGAAAUCAGUGACAGAGGUGGAGUUCAAUGGUAAAAAAUUUGUGCUUGAUUUCUUCCAUAUGAUGCGGUUGGACCUGAAGUCAGGUCUGCAGCAACCUAUUGCAUGGAUUGAUGAAACAGGCAACUGCUUUUUCCCGGAAUUAUUUGCUAAUUGUGAUGAACUGCAUGAGUGUUGUCACAGUGAACACAAGGACUCCAUAGAGGUGGAUUCUGAGACAGAGGGUUCCAAUGAUCUGGAGAUGCAGCUGGAGAUUGAAAUUAAUGGAGCGGACAUGUCAAGUUUGAAGGAAUCUAGUGGAGAGUCCAAUGCUAUUGUUAAGCAAGUUAACUUAUGUCACAACCCUGCAGCAAAAAAUUGCACUGCUGAAGUUGGUGAUAAUUGUGUCAGACACUCAGAUACGAAAUCCAUGGAUGACUCCGCGGAAAAUCAUCAAAUGCUGGAAAAUGCUGCCGGCUGCAAGUGGGAAUAUCUGGACCCAGAUGUUGUGGGUGAGAUGUUUCUCAAGGGUAUCAAUUCACCUUCUGGUGCAAAGAUAUUUGAAUUACAUCGUGUUUCAAGUACUUUCAUGGAAGUUCGAAAGGAACUCUUUCAAAAGCAGGCGGAGAUUACGAAGAAGCAGCGUGGGGGUGCCAGUCUAAGUUAUGCUUGGCUUCCUUCUUCUAAAGGAAUGAUUACGAGUAUUAUGAAGUAUGGGCUCGCUAAUUAUGAUCUAUCCAAAUCCAAGUCCAGAUAUGGCGUUGGUGUUCAUCUUUUCCCUGCUAACUGUACUGAGAUCAGUGCAAAGUAUUGUGAUUAUGACGAAAAUGGUGUACAGCACAUGAUAUUGUGCCGUGUAAUAAUGGGAAACAUGGAACUGGUUUAUCCUGGAUCUAAGCAGUUCCAUCCCAGUAGUGAGGAUUUCGAUAAUGGCGUUGAUAAUCUUGAAAAUCCGAAGUGUUACGUGGUCUGGACUAUGAAUAUGAAUACUCAUAUCUUUCCAGAAUAUGUUGUCAGUUUCAAGUUGUCUCCUGAUGCGGAAGGAUAUCUUGUUGGAAACGAGAGCGCAAUUGAUGUCUCUGCUGUCAGUACUUGUUGUAAUCAGGUACCGGCAGAUACACUUCCUACUGACUUGGGAACUGACGGCUAUCAGAAUUCACUGGGGUUGGCCUCAAAAAAGGAUGCAAGGACGCCGAAGUCCCCCUGGAUGCCAUUCCCCAUGUUGUUUGCAGCAAUUUCGAGGAAAGUGCCUCAAGAGGAUAUGAACCUCGUUAGUAGCAAUUAUGAGUUAUUCAAGGACAAGAAGAUAAGUCGGGAUGAAUUUGUCAGAAAGUUGAGGUUGAUCGUAGGGGAUACUUUGUUAAGGUCCACAAUAACGAGUCUUCAAUGCAAGGUACCCCCUAAAUCAAUGGAAUUGGUCCCCGUAAAGCAAGAGCAGGAGAGUGUCUGCCUGGAGUGAAGCCUUCUAGUGUUUGCUUCUAUGAACAGCUGUUUUUUCUUAGCUGUAUAACAAGUGGAUUGUAAGACAUAGCUGUUGCUUUUUCCUUGAACGUUAGGAUAUAAGAUAAGUUGUUACCGUUUGUGAAAAUGUGAUAUACGUUUAGGUUUCACUUUCCAGAACUUCCAGAGUUCUGGGAUUUGGUAGCUGAAGUGAGCGCUUAAAAAGUCGCACAUUUCAGGUUUCUAUCUCCCUUAUAUUUUAGUGAGUGGCACUUGUGUGUAAAGUGUGCUGUACAGAGUUCAUGCUAAAGUUGUUUGCUGAUACUCUUAAGCGGUUAUCUUUAUGCUUGAAAAUUGGGUGAUACGGA